AAGGUGUGGUAUAGAUCUGCACUUUGGCCGAUUACCGGUAUUUUAAGACAACGCCAUCAAGUAAAUCGGUUGCCACUUGGAGCAUCAGUAUUUAGACAGUCCCCACGCCACUCUAUCAUUCUCGCUCGCCCAAAUCGAAGCGCCCCCGUAUCGACAACGAAGCCUUUCCGAAUCCAAGUACCGAACUCUACCGAUCGCCACGGCGGGCCAGUGCGCCGGCGGCAGCUGAAGCCAUGGGCUGCUGCUUCAGCAAGAAGCGCAAGAAGCAUCCGGACGGUUCCGCGGCCCACCUCCCUGGCAGGUACAGGCCGGAGGACCGCGACCCGCCGUCCCCGGAGGAGGAGAAGGUGAAGGAGGUGCUGUCGGAGACGCCGAGCGCCAAGCCGGCGGCGGAUCCCAAGCCCGUCGCCAAUGCCGUGGCCGUGGAGGAGCAGGAGGUGGUGCUCAAGGUGAAGGCUAGCGGAGAUGCCGCGGCGAGCGAUCUCGGCAGCUGCUUGUCCCUGGCCACCGACGAGCGGUCCGAGGCGGCGUCCGAGUCGUCGGUCGCGACCAGCUCCGUGGCCGGGCCGGAGCGGUCGCCGGGGAAGCCGGCGGUCAGGCGGCGCCCCGUCUCCGGCGAGCUCGCCCGGCGCGACCGCGCUGGCCCCGUCGCUGCUUACGGCGUCCGGUCCCGCAGCUGCCGCGCCUCGCCGUCCCCUCCGCCGCGGCGGGAGCCGGCGCGGGACCGCUCCGUGCGGAGGUCACCGUCGCCGGCGGCGAAACGGCCGCCUACGACGGAGCAGCAUCGGCCCGCCAGCCCGGCUGCGCCCCUGCAGCGGAAGCCGCCCGUCCCGAGCAGGCGCGCGUCGCCGCACCGGGCGCGGGAUGCGCCUCCUCCUCCUCCGCCUCCGCCGCCGCCGCUAUCCCCGCCACCGCAGCCGGAAGAGGACGCCGUCGCCGAGGACAGAGUCGCGGAGGACAAUGCCAGCGGUAAUGGUCAAGGCCACGGCGACAGCGACGGGGAGGGGAAGGAGUCGUUGGAGAAUCCGCUGGUAUCCAUGGAAUGCUUCAUCUUCCUCUGAUUGCCGCCGUGCCGAUCCUGAUUUCCCGCUGUUCUCCUUCGAAUGUCCCGGCUAAUCCAUCGCUUAGGCGCUGUUGUGUGCUGAUUAAUCAAGCUGCGUGUAGUAGCAGCAGUAGCCAGUAGAAACGAAAGUUAGCAGGUUCGCGGUGUUGUAACGCUGCCGCCAUCCUCAGUCGAAAUGCAGGUAGCUUUUUGGGCUGUCGCGUUCGGUGGGGGCGUCAUCUUGGCUUUUGUUUGUGGGUACUAAUCCUACUUGUAUUUUGCCGAGCUGUUUAACCGACUGUCAAGCUUACUUCCUGCUUUCAA